UGAUGGCGACUGACAGUUCCUCGGACGUAUGCACGAUCCGCAUGUAUUGAAUUUGAAUUCGUCCGCAAUUGAACAUAAUAAUAAAAAUGGCGUCUGUUCUAGAAAAGUAAACUCUUGUGGGUUUAGCUAAACAUUCGCUGCCCUUACGUUUGAAAUGAACUGCUCUCUCACGUAACAACAAAUAUACGAUACCUUUGGCGAGAGAUGACGGUGGUGAAUCUGUCCUUCGCUGCGUGUGGGUUUUUGGGCAUCUACCACUUGGGAGCUGUGGGGGCUUUUCUCCGUCAUGGGGACAAGCUGCUGACCUCCCUCAAGUCCUGUGCGGGGUCCUCAGCUGGGGCCCUUGUUGCUGCUGUCAUGCUCACGGCUCCUGAGAAAGUCAAGCACUGCAAAGAAUUUACAUACGAUUUUGCUGAAAAUGUAAGACAACAGAGGUUUGGAGCAAUCACGCCUGGUUUUAACGUCUUGUCCAAGCUGCGGGAAGGGAUUGAGGAGAUGCUGCCUGUUGAUGCACACAUCCUGGCAUCUGACCGCCUCCAUGUCUCAUUGACACACUUCAGAAGUGGCAAGAACCUCAUUGUGUGUCAGUUUAACUCCAGAGAGGAGCUCAUACAGGCACUCCUGGCCAGCAGCUUUGUGCCAGUUUAUUCCGGGCUCCAACCUGUGGUGUUCCGAGGACAGAAAUGGAUUGAUGGAGGCUUCACUGACAGCCUUCCAAUCCUGCCUGUUGGCCGAACCAUUACGGUGUCCCCGUUUGCUGGGCAGCAGGACGUGAGUCCAUUGCACAAGGGCCAUGGGUUCAAGACCCAACUCAGGUUGACUAACAUGAACAUAUUGUUCUCCAUGGAAAACAUCAAACGACUGAACCAGGCUUUAUUCCCACCAUCUACCAAUGCAAUGCAUUCCCUCUGUCAGGAAGGUUUUGAUGACGCCAUGAGGUUCCUGAAGACAGAGGGUUGGAUGAAGUAGAGGGCUGAGAGUCAGAACAGAUGGUGUCAGUUUCACAUUAAAUAACUUUGUAAGUUCUAGACCAUAAGCAGGUUCUGCAUUGGUUUUCAGUGCAGUAUGCGAAAGCAACGACUUCCCCUCAGGGAAGAAUGUAAUGUUCUGACUCCACUCAAUAUUUCAGGAAGAAACCAAAUUAAUUAGGCACUGAGCUGUGAAACCGGCGGGGAUUCAUUCUCUGAAUUGGUUGCCUGAUGUUAGCGAGCUAUCCCACAGUGCAUUUGUUUUUAUUGAGUUGUUUCUUUCUGUGAGAUGUUGAUUUGCAGUCAUGGUUUUCCCCAUUAUGUUAUGUAAGCUUACCUGCUCCUUGUGAUAAUUAGACUUAAGUAACACUUCCCUUAUAUUACUUUAAACUGGAGGCAAACUAUUCCCCAGCUCACAUGUAAUAUUUCAUCCUAUUGUACUGCAAAAUUCACUUCGACUAGUAGAGCACAUAAAAGGAUCCCUAAACUGCCCCACUGGAGGAGCUGACUUUGCAAUUUGUACACAGGCCUGGGAAGCUUGUUCUUGAUAAUUCCAGGAAUGCAUUGUUAGUCAGGUUGUUUUUAUCAUUUACUGUAUGUAUGUAAUUUAUACACAGGUAUUUAGUUUUGCUCGCUUACAAGAGACAAAUCCAUAAAUGAAAAUAAACUAUUGUCUGCAUGCAUAUGUGUGCAUGUUAUCUAUAUGUGCAUGUCCAACUAUUCCUAGUUGAAGUUUACUGUCAAACUAAAUGUAAAAUAAAGGCAUAAGGCAUGCACAUCAGAAGGAGGAGUGCAAUGUCCAUUUGGGUAAAGCAAAAAAUGACAAAAACACUUUUUAAACCUUUUGGGUUUUUUGGGGGGGUGGGGUGAGGCUGAAACUAAUAAAGAGCAUUUCCAUUCAUUUCAAUGGGGAAAGAUGAUUUGAGAUAAGAGUGUUUUGAGUGUGGUCACGGAACGAAUUAAACUGGUAUCUUAAGGCCCCACUGUAUUUUAUUUGUCACUGUGAAACAGAAAGAUCCUCUUAGACACUACCACGCUGAGUAGUGCUUCAAAUUGGUGUUUUUUCUUGGCACAUGUGUACAUGUUAUUCUGAGUGUUCAUGUUAAAAAUACAGAACAAUUCAAUUAACGCUUGGGUCUUUCAUGUGUAGUUUAUCUACGCAACGUUAAAGUGAACAUACAGUUGUUGCACCCAGACAUAUGGAUAUUGAUCAUAAAGACACAGGCAUUCAAUAGGGAUGUAAGAAUAUUCACGAUACCACAAUAUUGCGAAAUAAAAAGUGCCUAGAUAUCAUCGUGCUCUUGUCUCAGUAU